ACCAUUUCAAGCAAGUAAAUCACACACCUUAUCUAAGUAAAUUUUUAUUGUGAGUAGUCACACUGGAAAAAAUUAUAAAUGAUGAAAAAAACGAGAGCCGAAACGUUGUUACUUACGAUAUUGUCGCAGAUUUGGCCUGCACUGAUUGUAAGUCUCAGUUCGUUCUCCGAUGGCAUGCAGUUCGGUUGGUCCGCUCCUGCUUUACAAGUUCUCCAAUCUAAUAACAAUUCCAUGCAUAUCGAAAAAGGCGACGAAUUUUGGUUGGAAGCGUCUUUCCUGCUAGCAGCACUGUUGGGACUUCCUUUAAGUACGUAUCUGACCGAAGCCAUAGGACGAAGAAACACAAUUCACGUCGGAUCUGUGGUAGCACUGGCAGCAUGGUGUAUUAUUGGAUUCACGAACGAACUAAAGUACUUGUAUUUAGGUAGAGUUCUAGGAGGAAUUACUGGAAGUAUGUGCUAUGUAGCAACCGUCAUGUACUUGACAGAAAUAGCAAGACCCGACAUCCGAGGUUUUUUGACAAGUUUAGAUCACCUUCUAUGUACACUUGGAACGCUGUUUGUUUACUCUGUAGUACCAUUUUCUGCAUUCUACGUGCACGCGGUGGCUGGAGCAGCUUUAAGUUUGAUUCAACUUAUCAUUUUGCCUUUUUUACCGCAAUCACCUUACUAUCUACUACAAAGCGGAAGAGUGGAAGUCGCAAAAAAUGCCUUAAGAAGAUUGAGAAAUAACAGCGACAAUGAAGAAGAAUUCAACGAAAUAGUAGCAGCAGUGGAAGCGGAACCUCUUGUCAACAAAAACCGGUUUUGUUUGAAAAAACAAGACCUAAAAGUUCUUCUACUAAUUACUCUUCUUCUCUGUUUUCAACAGUUCACCGGGUUUACGGUAAUGCAAAUGAACAUCAUCGCGAUUCUGAAAGACGUUUCGACUGUAUUCUUCCUCAGCAACGAAUACGUUGCGAUUAUUUUCUAUUGUAUUGUUUUAUUUUCCACUGUGGUGCAGACGGUCACCGUGGACAAACUCGGAAGGAAAAAGAUUUUCAUUAUUUCUGCUUUUUGUACCGGGAUUUGUUCGUUUUUGAUUGGUAUUUGCUUUGGUGUUAAAAGCGAAUUCAUGAGCUGGACGACAAUAGCAAUAUUUUUGCUCUAUGCUGUCUUUGAAAGACUGGGUUUGGGGUAUUUGCCUCAGCUUUUGAGCGCGGAACUUCUUCCAGCCGGAAUUAAAGCUGCAGGGAUAGCCUAUGAGGACUUUUUGUUUCGAAUUUUGGCUGUUUGUGCCCUAGGGUUCUAUCAUUACUUCGGGAAUUGGUUUGGGAUGAAUGUGCCGUUUUUUGUAUUUUCGGGAGUGUCGUUCUUGAGCGGAGUGUACGCAGUUUUCGUGAUACCAGAAACUAGUGGCAAGUCCCUGAAACAAACACAAGAAAUAAUAAGUUAAUAAUUAUAUUUCUCAUUUGUGUGUAUUGCUGGUUGCGUGCUAUUUUGGUGACAGGCAAUUUGGAAAAAACGGAAGUUACGUGGCACAAAUACCGUCUCUGUGCGUACAAAAGUAAAAUUAGAUCACGUUUUUGUUAACAUGGAAAGGCUGCACACAAUUAGAAUUUAAUUUACUUUGUAAGUUUGAUUUAUUGUUGACAUA